GGAAACCGGAAGCCGGAAAUGGGGCUGUGAGGACGUGUUCCGAGGAAGCCGCAGGCCGGCUCGCCCGGCGUCAUGGAGCCGCUGUACCAACAAACGCACAAGCAGGUCCACGAGAUCCAGUCUCACAUGGGAUGCCUGGAGACGGCAGACAGGCAGUCUGUGCACUUAGUAGAAAAUGAAAUCCAAGCAAGCAUAGACCAGAUAUUCAGCCAUCUAGAGCGUCUGGAGAUUUUGUCGAGCAAAGAGCCACCUAAUAAAAGGCAGAAUGCCAAACUCCGUGUUGACCAACUGAAGUAUGAUGUCCAGCACCUGCAGACGGCCCUCAGGAACUUUCAGCACCGGCGCUAUACCAGGGAGCAGCAGGAGAGACAACGAGAGGAGCUUCUGUCACGCACUUUCACCACUAACGACUCUGACACCACCAUACCCAUGGAUGAAUCACUGCAGUUUAAUUCCUCCCUCCAGAACAUUCACCACGGCAUGGAUGACCUCAUUGGAGGCGGGCACAGUAUUCUGGAGGGACUGAGGGCCCAGAGACUGACCUUGAAGGGGACUCAGAAAAAGAUCCUUGACAUUGCCAACAUGCUCGGCUUGUCUAACACAGUGAUGAGGCUAAUUGAGAAGCGGGCCUUCCAGGACAAGUACUUCAUGAUCGGUGGGAUGCUGCUCACAUGUGCAGUCAUGUUCCUUGUGGUACAGUACCUGACAUGAGCCAGCUGCACCCAGCACAGAUAGCCUUCCCACCGUGUGCGCAUGUGCAGGCAAGAAGUGGGCUGGGAGGCUACCUUUGAAAUGUAUGCCUUAACUGUGAAGACACCCCUCCCCCAGGACUAAUUGUGGCUUAGUAUCAAACCUGCUUUGUUUUCUGUGACAUCUGGGGAGUGGGAACUAGGGUCACCAGGAUGUGUGGUGCUUAGUAAGUGGGUCAAGACCCUGUUAUCUGGCUCUCACUCGGGGAGGGAUGGGUAGGCUAUGUGGUCUGCCCUGGAAAACCUGCGUUGUGAGGCUUGCACACAGGACUGUCCACACUGCCGACCACUUGUCAUCGCCCAGCUUCUGCGGCUCCUGACGGGUGGGCGAAAGCACACGUGAGAAGAUGAGGAAAGAAGUCUUUCCUUGCACCUUCUGGGAGAGAUCAGUUCUCACAUCCUUCUAGCCACUACCCAGUCCAGCCCCUAAGAAAACAUGACCUGUGUGACUAACUGCUAACACGGUACCCUUCCCUGGAAGCCGAGACAUCGGAGCUGAUGUGAUAAUGUAAGCUUUUCCAUGCCACCGUUGCUGGGUGUUUAUCCUUCCUGAGGUGAGGCCAGCAGUGUUCCUGGGGAGUGUUCAGUCUGGACACAAGUCCUGAGUCACCGAUGUUUUUCCAGUUAAUAUAACUUUUGGCUCUUACACUUGAGAGACAGUAGCUUGGUACACCUCCACCCAGGCUUCAGUGGGUGGGUCUUUGCCCCUUUGAAAGGGCCAUGAGCAAAGGGUGACUUGUAAGUUGCAGACUCAUCUAGUUCUAUCAUCUCAAAUUCUUUGACUGUCUCUCCUCUCCCUUGAAAUGUAUUAGUAAUAUCAACCAGCAAAGCUUCCAUUCUUCCCAGCCCUGGUAGGCCACCCUGGAGAUGUCCCUGGUAAGUAUGUCUUUAUGAGACUGUUUCAGGGUCAUUUUGACUUUGCCCAGCUGUGAUUAAGGCUGUGUCAAUGUCUGGUGUAUUUUGCAGAAUUUGUUUAAAAAUUAAUGUAUCUUGAGCACGCUUAUUGUGAUUAAUCUCUGAAAGUAUCAGAAAGAUGUAGUGAAUUUAUUUGCUCGUCAGUCACAGGCCCUGCCCACCCAAACAAUUCUAAAUUUAGUAGUUUCAUGGUGGGACAGUUGGACAUUCAGAAUUCCUCAGAACUGGAAACUUGAUCAGUAUUAAUCCUACCUUUGAUUGCCCUACUUAUCUGCUUAAGUGUCCUCUGUGCUGUUUCCCUCUUCACACUGUGUGUCACAGGCCACCUCUCUCCUAUUGAGGACCAGUGUUGUUCUCUUGAGUCCAUCUGUGGUGUCCCUUUGGGGAACUUUCUCAGUUGUCACACACUUUUAAUCAGAGUUUCCAGGGCCCUAAUUUCAGAUUCUCGUCAGAUUCAGUAUCUGUCGCUCCUUCCCAUCUAGGCUAAAUGGGCUCUAGGUGGCCAGGAAGUAGGAAUCUGUGACCCUUUAGGAAGAAGUGAUAAUCCUGCGGGUGAAAACAGUGGUCCCUAGAGGACAGAGGCUUGCCACAUCUUCAGACUUAGAGCUCAGUUUGUGGAGGACAGAUUGGCAUGAGCUCCUAGCUGGCCAUAAAGUGGACUUUAGACUGCACCCGACGAUCCCACUUGACAGCAUGUUUUGGAAGAUGUACAAGCUGGAACAGAGCCAUCUGGACUGAAAAUGUAGCGAGAGCCCCACCCCGUCCUUAGGGAUUGUUGGGACAGUGUUUUGUAGUAUAUAAUGCGGUUCCACGCUUGCCCUUGUGGUGAUCCUUAGAUGAGCUUUGAAGACCUUGAUGACCUUGAUGUUCCACCUUCACAGCCAUAUAUCCCUACUUUGAAAUAAAACUUGUAGUAGGAUGAGCAUCUUUACUGCCUGGGGAAGGGAACAAUAGCCAGAGGAUCUGGACUCCCAGGGCAUUGAGCUGGCUGUCUCACGACUGCCCUCCCUUGCAUUCCAACAGUACCUUGUGAGAUCACCUCAACCUGAUUGGGUGUAACUGUCCUCAGUUUUCAGCUGUAGGAAGGGGCCUGAGCCUGAGUGGGGUGCCCUCUAGUGGGGGAGGGGGCGCUGAGUUCUUGCAGAAGCUCCAGCUCAGCAGGUGGUGUGCACACCUUGGUGCAGCAGUUGAAGUGGCAUGGCUUGAAGCAGGUGGGGUGCCUACAUUAAAGAGAUGUGUACUCCACAUCUGGCCACUGUAAAGAAAGCUAAACACAGGGAUCAAAUAAAUACUCUAGGUUUUACAAGUUUCACCCCAGACUUUCUUGAAAGUCAGCUUGCCCUGUUGAAUUUAAAUAGCAUUGAUUGGCAAAUUAUACUUAACACUCCUUGUUUUGAUGUCAGUGGAAUAAAGUUGAGGUUUGUUUAGAAAACUUUU